CAUUCAAUUUGAUAGCCAUCAUUUACGUCGUUAGAGUACCGGAGUAAAAAUCACGAAUAAUUGCUCAGAAAGAAAUGAUGGAAACUUAUACGGCAAAGGAUCUCCGUCAGUGCUCUGCACCUUUUCCAAAAUAUGACUUUCGAGUUAAAAACGAACCAAUUGAUGAUGAACUUUCAGAGCAAGAGUUAUGUAUGGAACUGAGCAUUGAAGCGGAUAGCAUCGUAAAGAAGGAGGAGGACGAGGAGAAAGAAACAAACAAGGGGCGAAAAUGGAAGGAAAAAUAUAUUUCUCGGAAAGAAUCAUUUUUGUUCCGCGAGGAUAAACUGAAGUUAAUCAGUGCGGUCAGGGCGAAGCCCAUAAUAUGGGAUUUGAACCACAAGGGGCAUUUUAAUGCCACAAGCCUAAAUACUGCCUGGCAGGCUGUUGCCGCGGUGUUACGGAAAGACGUGAAAGAUUGCAAAAGCACAUGGAAAUCGUUGCGGGCCAGCCAGCGCUACCACCAGAAGAUCUCCAGAAAAAAAAAGCCAAGUGGAAGUGCUGGAGGGUCUGUUGUUCCCGGUCCGAAGGCGAAUGACGAUUAUGAUUGGGACUUCGCGUCAGAAAUGGCUUUUUUGCCGGACCUCUUCGACAGAAGGCGAACGAAAACGCUACCAAAACCACCAGAGGCGUCAACGUCUUCCGACAUUUCCGAGGACCCAGAACUCAUUUUUGCUGAGUACCUCGACGAAAGUCAACCGAGCAGCUCAUUCGACCAGAACAUGUUGGAGGAGGAAGAGCUACAGCUGCAGAAGGGAAUGGAGGACAUGGAGAAGGAGAGUUCCUGCUCAUAUUCCUAUAAGCCGCAGAAGGAAUUAGAGGACAUGGAGAAGGAGAGUUCCAGCUCAUAUUCCUAUCCAUCAACUAAGAAGCACAAGACUGCGGCGGCUGAGAGCUGUGUCCUAACACAGAAAUUUACGGAGUACGUUGACUUGCAGAAGGCCAUAGUGUCGCAGACCACAAACGUUCCGUCGUUGGUCACCUACUGGGCCGAAAUAAUGAAAGAGCUGCCGCAAGAACUGAAAGAUGAAGCGGAAGAGCGUGUAACCAAAUUGCUGUGGGAUUUGAGAAAAAGAGCAAAAAACUGUGAAUAAAUUUACUUCGGAUAGUUGCGAGGACGCCCACGGUUUGUAUCUGAACCGGUAGUCUCCACAGAAAUCACAGGCA